GAACAGGACCAUUCAAGUACUUGAAUGGUUUGAAAUUCACAAUAUUGAAGUUUUCAGAGCACAGCAAAUAACCAUUUUGUUUUAUCUUUAUAAUAAAAUAGUUCAUGAUAGUGAACUUAUUUGACUUUGAAGAAGGUUUGGACAUAAGCAUAGGAAGCAAUAGUCUCACUGACCACCAAAUCCCUCCUUGACACAGCUGUUUAUAUACAGUUGUACCAACAUCAGUUUCCAAGACUUUUGUUUGAGAUCUUCAGGUAAUAUGCAGAACAAGAUGGCCGAUCUAAUAAAGCAAUCUCCGGAAAAAGGGCAUAUAGUUCUAUGUGCCCUUUUUCCGUAUACCGCCUCUAUUGAUAUUUUUAUUUAUUUAGUUCCGUGAAUCACAUUUAUUUCAAAAUUGAUUUUUUCUCCUAUUUCAGCAAUAAUCAACAAUAAUUUCGAGUGUUCCAAAUGUGGGAAAUGUUAUAAAUACAGAAGGAGCCUGAAAGCACACAUGGAUGUGGAAUGUGGGAAGGAAGCUCAGCUGCAAUGUCCUUACUUUGAAUGUUUCAAAUGCAAGCAAUGUGGGAAGAGUUACCGACACAGGAGUAGUCUGAACAAACAUGUGAAGAAUGAGUGUGGCAAGGACCCUCAAAUGCAGUGUCCAUACUGCUCUCACCGCACCAAGCACAAAGGAAAUCUUAAAUCACACAUUGUAGCCAAACAUCUCACCAAUUUCUAGUAGAGCUGCAGUUUUUCAGUUUGUAUCUUGCCGAAUAAAACAUCUCCUAACUGUUGGA